AUGGUUGCGCCGUCGUCUGUCGCUCUCGGCUCCUCCGCCCGCCCCGCGUCCCCCGUUUUCGCCCGCCGCUGCACCGGCACCAGUGACACACGCCAACGAGUCGUACCUUCCGACCUUCUCAUCCCCGUGGGUUGCGGCGCUAACGGCGCCAGUGACUUCGAAGAUUCUGCCUCCUUUAGCUUCUUCGGUCUCGGCAGUGCCGCGGGUUCCGCAAUGACGGGCACCGUGCUUCGUCGCGAUGGUGCCACCACUCCAAGGAGCCGAAUCUCCAUGACUCCUCCCCGCGGCCGCCCAUCUCCGCCGAGGUUGCGCGCAUCGUCCCCCCGCGUUUCGCGGGUGAUCGUCACCGCUGCCUCAGCCGGCUCCAGCGGCGGGCGCGGUCUCCCUUCCGAAGAGCUUCCCCCUGGUGCGUCCGGCUCCGCCAACGCCCCGCUCCUUUCCGUGCUCCCCGCGCAGUCCUGGAGUUCCCAAGGGACGUCUCCGCGCGGAUCGGCGCAGCCUUCGAGCCCGCACCAGCAUGCGGCGCACGGUUCCCCCAUGAGCACCAUCGCCCCCAUGGCUCCUUUGACCAGCUCCGCAAACGCCACCGUAACCGGCGGAAACUCCCAGCGCGACUCCCACGUGUGCGCCGCGACUAACGUCACCGUCGCUGCCUCAGCCGCCGUUACCGCCGAGAUGGCUGGCGGGAUCUCCGCCGCGCCCUCCGCUUCCGCGAUCCUCUCGUCUCUCCCAAGGCUGGCGUCCCUCCCCGCGCUCCCCGCCAUGCCCGCGCUGACCCUUGCGCUUCCGCGCAUGCGGCGGCAGAAGGAGUGGUUCCAGGAGGAGUCCCCCGCAAAUGUCGCGGAUAUCCCCGUGGCGGGGCUGCACACGGCGGAAGAAUUCGAGGCGGUGAUGAUGGAAGUAUCCAUGGCAGCCGGCGCGGCCAUGGGAUCGGCUGAGGGUCGGCUGGUCAUUGUGGAUUUUUUCGCGCCGUGGUGUGAUGCCUGCAAGGCCGUGUACCCAACGGUGUGCGAAAUCGCUGAAAAGAACCCCGAUGUUGUUUUCCUCAAGUUCAACCUGGCGGAUAACAGAGACCUAGGCAAGGCCCUUGGAGUGAAGAUCCUCCCGUUCUUCCACUUCUACCGCGGCCAGCCUACCAGGCUCGACGCCGUCUGCGCGACCAUCAAGACUUACCCCCGCCUUGAAAAGUUCCUGAAGAAGUACAACGCCUAG